AUGAAGCCUGCCUCAACCACCCUUAUGCUCACCACGGCAGUCCUCGGCCACUGUAACGACCAUAACAGCACUACGAAUACCAGUUGCACCUCUACCAACACUGGAACAUCACCAGCCAACGCAUCCUCGCCAGCCUCGGUAGUUCUCGCCAGUCACUCUUUCGAGCCGUCUCCCUACGGUAACAGUGCUAGUGCGCACAUUCAUGCCGGUCCUACUAACUCUGCUUCCACUAACACUGGUCCAGCACCUACGCUCUCCUACACACUGACCAGCAAGACGACUCUCCUCAACACAGCCGCCGCCACUGAAGCCUCCUCGGCCAUCCCAGCGAGCACGCCCGACGGGACCGCCUCUCACCCCGCACCAGUCGGUAAUAGAUUUCAUGGGGUGAUUCAGGAUGAGCUCGCCGGCGAGAUCGCCGAGGACGAGAACGGCGACCCGCUCCCCAUCCGCUUCGGGCUCGAGGGGUUGGUCACGCUCAUGGCCAACGUGCCCUAUGCGACGUGGCUGUGGCCGCGGCUCCCCUUGUCCCUCCGCCCGCCCGUGACGGCCCCCGUGUCCGAGUUCAGAGACACCGAGUGCACCGAAAACACGAUUAGUGAGUACGAGGAGCGCCGCGCCUCGAAGAACCUGCAUUGGUUCUGCAACCGCUGGCAGAUUGACCGGAAGCGGCUCUACGCGUCCACGGCGGGCGAGACGACGCUGUACAUGUGCGCGUACGGGGCCCUGAGCAACUGCAGCCUGGACAUGUACAAGGCGGUCAGCGCGCACCUCGAUCAGCGCUGCGGCGCGGGCGCUACGGGCUGGGUGCACCUCCGCAAGAUGCGCAUCGGACGCGAGCGGACGGCCGAACGGAUCGUGAUCUGCCCAGACCUCACGUGGUCACCGCUCAUGCAUUAUACCAUGGACCAGCGUGAGAGGACGGUGGGCGGCCGCCCGUGGAAGGAGUGGCGCGUGGAGUAUAAUAUGGCGCGGGCGAAGGAGGACGGCAGGGUGAAGGGCCUCGAGGAGCAGGGGAAUAACGAGGAGCCCUACUAA